UUUAUAGGGAUCGGCUCCCCGGUUUCAAUGACCCACCAGGAAAUACAUGCCUGCGUGAGUGUGCUUAAUCCGUGCUCAUCCGAAGCGUGCCGGGGUUCCUUUCUCCCCCUCCCUCCUUGACUCUCUGUUCAUAUAUCCCAGGCUGCCUCCAGCCAGCCUUUGCCCACUCGUCUCGCUGGUCCUGAGCACACAAAGGUGCAGGGCGUUUCUGAGAAUGAGUACCUUCUCUGAGACAGCAUGGCUCUGCCUGGCUGUCCCCGCAGCACUGGGAGGAAUAGUUCUUUACAAACUCAAGAAGAGCCCGGGGCAGGUGGGGGGGAAGGUGGUCUGCCUGGGGGGCCUCUGGGCAGGGGCUUACCUGCUCAGCCUGUCCCUCUUCUGGGGCUGGGUCCUCUUCCCCCUGUCCUGUUUCCUCAUGUGUGCUUACUUAUCUGGCCACGAGUUUUUACCUGUGGAUCAAAAGGCGGUGCUGAUCACAGGUGGUGAUUCUGGAUUUGGCCAUGCCCUGUCCAAAUAUUUGGAUGAGCUUGGCUUCACGGUAUUUGUCGGAGUUCUGAAUGAAAAGGGACCAGGAGCAGAGGAACUGCGAAGAACCUGCUCCAAGCGCGUCUCUGUGCUCCAGAUGGACAUCACCAACCCGCAGCAGAUAAAAGACGCCCACAGCAAAGUGGUGGAAAAGGUGCAGAACAGAGGACUGUGGGCUGUCGUCAACAAUGCUGGGAUCAUUGGCUUACCAGCGGAUGGGGAGCUCAUUCCCAUGACUAACUACAAACAAUGCAUGGCCGUGAACUUCUUUGGGGCCGUGGAGGUCACAAAGGCAUUUUUGCCUCUUCUUAGGAAAUCCAAGGGGAGGCUGGUGAACAUCAGCAGCAUGGCAGGAGGGGUCCCAAUAGAGAAGCUGGCAGCCUAUAGCUCAUCCAAGGCAGCUCUGACCAUGUUUUCAGCAGUCAUGAGACAAGAGCUUUCCAAAUGGGGAGUUAAAGUCUCUGUCAUCCAGCCUGGAGGCUUCAAAACAAGUAUCGCGGGCACGAGUGAAAUGUGGAACAAGCUGGAGCAGGACAUCCUGGACAACCUUACCCCCGAAGUGCUAGAGGACUAUGGGCAGGACUAUAUCCUUGAGCAACGGGAUUAUCUCAAGUUCAUCAGCGGGAGUACCAACACUGAUAUGUCCCCUGUGCUCCUGGACAUCCACCAUGCCGUGUCUGCUAAGAGCCCCUUUGCCUUUUACUCUCCAGGGCCAAUGGCUUAUCCAAUGCUCUGCUUUGUUUCAUUUAGUCCUACUGGCGUAUUUGAUUAUUUUAGCAAAAAGUUGCCUCACUUUAGAGGUGGCAUGCCCAAGGCGCUAACUAAGCAGGCCUAACUGAAGAACAAGGCAUGUAGGCAAAUAUGUGAGGAGUGUUAGUCUUGGAAUGAAAGGGAAACCUGAACUUCCCAUUAAAGUUGUGGUUUCCUACCUUGU